AUGGCAAAGAGAUCACUCUUAUAUGCUGGUACAUUUGGUAUUGCUUCACUGCUGUGUGGGGUCAUAUUUGUUGAUCGAUUCAAUCCAAAAAAGGCCAGAGCAACAAUUGACAAAGUUGUAAACACUAUUAAAACACGAAAAACAAAGGUAUGGAUGUAUCCUGAAGGAACUCGUAGUGCUGGCACUGAUAAAAGUAUGUUGCCUUUUAAGAAAGGUGCUUUCCAUAUUGCAAUAAAAGCACAGGUUCCAAUUAUUCCGGUGGUGAUAUCAAACUACAAAGAUUGCUAUGAUCCAAGAGGACAUACCUUUGAACAAAUUAAUGUAAAAGUGUGUGUUUUGCCACCAAUACCAACAGAAGGAAAAACAGUUGAUGAUGUAAACCAACUAACUGAAGAUGUAUGGGAAGUGAUGCUGCAAACUUAUAACAAAAUAUCAAAUAACAAUUGA